UAUAUAGAAAUGUUCGAAAUGCAAGAAGAAAAAAAUGAUGUAGGAAUUGCAUAAAUCCAAGAUUCAAAUUAACUUAAGCUUUCUAAACGUCAAUCGUUUAAUUAAGAUACUAUUUUAUAGUGGAAUUCUUUAUAAGAGAAUCUUUAAUUGCAAUAUAAUUUACUAAAUAAGGGUAGUAUGUUGGUAAUAUGAAAUUAGAAAAUGAAACAAAGAAUGAGCGAAUUUAGAUUCUAUUGAAUACAGUAGAGAAGUAUUACAAGACUUAACUUCGAUAUAAGGACUUGCGUAGAUUAUACAAUCAAUAAUAAACAAGUAAUUACAAUUAAAAGUCAUGUGUAUUGGGAUACAAAUUUGAUGAUUAUCAUUCUGAAAUACAAAAAUUCUUAGUUUUGUUGAUGGAAAAUUAAGAACUUUUUGCAUAAUUAAUUCAUUCAUCUUUGGAUGUUGGUGCUCAUAAUUUAGAUGAGUUUAUAUUUGACAUUCUAACAUUUCUUUAUGAUCCAAUUGUUGGUGCUGGCCUUUAAGAAGGAGUAUUUAAAUUAUUAAGUGAGCUAUUAAAAUUAGAAUUAAUAAACCUUAAGAAUCCAUAAGAAUUAUUUUAAGAUAAGGGUAAUUUGGUAUCCAAAUUUUUGAUCGGAUUUAGCAAAGGACCUUUAUGCUAAUCAUAUAUAUAAUAGAUUUGUGGAUAAGCAUUAAAUUUAUUAAUGAAUGUAAAAGAAGAAUUGGAAUUGAAUCCUAAGAUGUAAUAUUAAUUAUAAUAUAAAAAAUAGAAUUUAUGAAUCAUAAUUAAAAUUAAAAGAAAGUAAAGAAUCUGCUAAACUCUUGAAACUAAAAUAAGAAAAUAAAGCAAGAAAGAUAAUGUUUCAUCUUAUACCAAUAUUAAUGUAAGGGAAAGAAGAGAAUAAUGAAAUUAAUGUUUAUGAGAAUGUCAGAAGAACAAAUAUUCCUGGUAAUCUUUUGAAUGCAAUAAUUGACUAAAUUACUCCAGCCAUAUAAUCAUAUUGUUAAACACCAUUAUAGAGGAUUAUUGAUCCAUAAUUAGUAGAAGAAACUGCUAAAAUACUAUAUGAUCGACGCAAAAUGACUGAAAUGAUCAUUAACUCUAUUUGUGACAAUAUUUUAAAUAGCUUACAUAAUUUACCUUUUAUAAUAAGAGCAUUAUGCAGAUUGUAAUAUCAAAUUUUUAAAGUUCUUUAUUAAUCUUAUAAAUAAGAAGAUAUUUUUAGUUUAUUGAUUUAAUUCCUAAUUAACAAAUGGAUAUUACCUGAAUUUACAGCUAUGUUUCUCAAUUAAUAAUAAUUAGAGUCAUCUUAAUAUCAAACUAGUAAUAUUGCAGUAAUAAGUAAAAUUUUAUUGAAUGCUUGGAAGGGAGAGGUUAUCGAUGGUCUUCAAAUUGCAUUAACAAAUACAACUGUUUUUAAUUAUUUUAAAGAAUUAAUAGAACUACCUUAAACUUAAUUGAAUUUUUAUAUUAAAGAAAAAUCUGAAAAACAUUUUACUUCUUUUUUACUUUCUAUUUCUGAUUUAUAAAUAUUGUUAAACACAAUAUCGAAAUCAAGAAUAGAAGGUUCUUUAGGUGGUAAAUAAUUGAUAAGAUACACAGAUUUAAGAGAAUUAGCAGACACUUUAAUUAAAUAUGGUUUAAAAAUUGAAAAUAAUUAUAUGAGUAAUUAUGUAUAAUGGAAAGGACAGAAAGUGCUUGCUAAUAAUAUGCAUUUUAUAGUGCAUAAACUUUCUGAUCUUUACAAUGUUAAUUAUAUAGAUGUAGCUUUUAAAUUCACUGAAAAGUUCAAUAUUUAAGAUAAAGAAGAGUUACUAUUUAUUUCUAAAGCAAAAUAAGUUGUAGCAUAGUUUUUAAUUUCGAUUGAGCGAAUAUCACUUUUGUCUAAAUUGAGAAAUAAUAUUAUUUUAAGCUUUGACAAUUUAAUAUAUAUGUAUAAAGAUGUAAUCCAUGUUAUGUAAUUUAGUCAUAUGAAACUAAGGGUCAAAUAAUUAAACAAUAUGAGAAUAUAUCACCAUAGUUAUAUGCAAAUUAUUUACUCUCUAUUUAUAAAAUGAUUCCAAAUUAAUAUACUAGCAAUAAUCUUUCGCUCUUAUGUUAAGAAAUGAUUUAAGAGUUCGAUUAGAAAGUCAUUUAGGCUAAGAAUCGUAAGUAUUCUUUGUUUCUUAUUUAGAGCUAAAGGCAAUGUUGGAAACUUUCUUGAAAGUUAUAACAUAACUUCAAACAGAGAGAAAUGAAAUUAAAACUUUAAAUAAAAUGCUUAAAACUAUUGAAUUAAAAAAAAGAUUGAAUUAUUUUUUAAAAAAUGUCAAAAUACCAUGUUUAUUGAGUUUUAGGUAUGGAUAAACUAAUUUGAUUCCAAUUUAAGAUCUAUCUAAAGCUAAAUCACUUGAUCCAAAAGAUAAUGAAAAAUAAUAAUUCUUGCAAAUUGUGAAUGGAGCUGAUUUAAAUUCUCUAUAAUUAGAAUUACCCUUUUAAAGUAUUAGAGAUUUUAUAGAUAUAUUGAGUGGGCUCAAACAUUUAUAACUUGCUUUAGAAGGAGAUUAAGUUUAUGUUGAAAUGUAAAUUAUAAAUUUAGUAUUUUAGAGUUUCUAAAUUAUUUUAAAACUAUAUGAAAUUAGUAGAAGAAAAAUUAGAAUAAUAAUCAUUUUUCCCAUAAAAUUCAAAUCAGAAAAAAAAUAAUAAUUAUUAUCUUGAUUUAUGUUUUGAGACAGCAGAAAAAUUUGUUGUUCGCAGAAUCAUGAUGAAAUAUUGUACCAUAAACGAAAUCAAAGAAGAUUAAGCUUUUAUAGAAUAAUGUCAAAAAAAACUUUAACAUUCAGAAGAGCAACAAGAGGUAAAAAUUUGUUUAUCUGAAUUGCCUAUGUUAUAGAAAAUGAGUGAAUGUAUUUAAAAUAUAAUUUUAAAUAAGCUUUUAAGUAAAUUGAUUCAGUGAUGACUCCAAUUGAGAAACUGGAAAUGAUUUCGGAUUGUUUGAAUAACAUAUCCUAAUUAUUAAAAAUAUCUGGAAUAGAUGAUAAUCCUGGGUAGGAUGGAACUCUUCCAGUUUUUAUCUAUUUAGUAGCUUAAGCUUGUCCAAAAUUUAUGAAAACUAAUUUGAAUAUAAUCUUAUCUUUAUUUAACUUUGAUCGUUGGAAAUUUUCAACCUAUGAAUAUUCAUCAACUUAAUUAUAGAUAGCCUAUUAAAAUAUUAUUGGUAAGGAUAAUAGAGAAAGUAUUAUGAAUUGA